AGUCGGAGACGUGCAGUUCUGCUUUCACUGUAGUCAGGGAAAGAUCGCACGCAGUAUUGUAAAUUGUAGUGAUUUUUUAAUUUUUUGUAUAACACUUAGAUCUAAAUUCUGUAAAAAUUCCACAACGUGCUGAUGCUAUUAUGACGAAUAUUUACCGCUUUGUAAUAGUGUGCUGUGUGUUCAUUUCUUUUCCCGCGGAUUACUUUGAUGCUAAGUGAAGCGUGUGGCGUGUAGUGUCGCGUGUUGACUUCUCGCCUCUCGCUAGUCUAGUGUGUUUAUUUUCGUCCGUGUAUUGCGACGGUAACGUUUGCUUCUAAGUUACAUAAAAUAAACAAAUUAAAAUAAAACUUCACUUUUUUUUUAUACCGCUAGUAAUAUUUUAAUACAUUUAAAAUAAAAAUAGACGAUAUUGUUAAGGACUUUAAAGCGAUAACAUAACACACAACAACCCCCCCGAACCGUGAGAGAAAAACAGUUGCUAAAAUUGGACCACGGCGCAUGACUAAGUUGUAAGGAACGAUUUCAUUGGCCUACUGGUUUGAUGCUCGCUAGUAAUUGGGUGUUAUUAGAUUGCUUUUGCAUAGAAUUCAUGGCGGAUUCAAAACGUGUGUUGAGGGCUGUAUUUCUACUGUGUACAAAUUAAUUUUGUGUUGGACUUAUGACUAUGCCGCACAUGAGUUCGGGAGGAUCAGAGGAUUUUUAUUCUACUGAUGAGGUGAAGGUGUACAAAGAUGAAGGGAAUAAGGACGAGGAGAAGCGGUCUUCAGAGAAUUUAACGGAGGAAAAGUUGGGCCUUGUCACUGAAUCGGAAGAGGGGAAGAAUACGUCGAUACAGGGAAAUUUCGAAGGAUCGGCGAAGUCGAGCAACACGGUUUCAGAUGACGAUAAAGCAGCUGCAGGCCCAGUUGCCCCAGGCCAUGGCCCAACUGGCUCACUUGGUUUUUUUAUCCCUCCAUAUGCAUCGGCGUACCCGAAUGGGGCCGGCAAGUUUGGCAUGGUCCAGCCACCCUACCCAGGGCUUGUGAUGUACAAUGAUUUUGCUCAACCCCCUCCAGCACAUAAAGGCUACUCACCGGUGUACACAGACCCCAAAACAGGUUUGCCUCGGCCGCCUAUGUAUGCAGCAUACCCCGCCCCGCCCGGUCAGUUCCCCCACCCGUUGUAUUCUCCAGAGUUUACCAGUGCGUCUUGGCACAGGCCAGGCUACCCUCUCACCUCAGGUGCCUUUGCGGGCUCAUUCCCGCCCUCAUUGUCAUCGUUAUCACGUUAUGGCCCCCCAGGGCUCUUGUCACACCCUGGCCUGGGCCAUCCCGGCAUUCCACACCCUGCCUCCCUGGGGGCGGGGCCCAAGUCAGAGCUCAUGUCUCCCCAGCUACUACAAGACAGUCACAGGCAGCUAAACUCGUCUCAUGGUGACGAAAACUCUAGUUGUAAGUCCUCGCACCAUGGCAGCAGCUCCGGCGAGGAGAGCAGAAAAAAGCCUUAUGUAAAGAAACCCUUAAACGCCUUUAUGUUAUUUAUGAAAGAAAUGAGACCCAAAGUGAUCUCAGAGUGCACUUUGAAGGAGUCAGCAGCCAUUAACCAGAUCCUAGGCCGGAGGUGGCACGCGUUGGACCGCUCCGAGCAGGCCAAGUACUACGAGAUGGCCAGGAAGGAGAAGGAGCUCCAUCUACAGCUCUACCCAGGCUGGAGCGCCAGGGACAACUACGCAGCACACCAGAAGAAGAAGAAGCGGAAAAAGGAUGGGCCAGGUGGUGGUGGUGGCAACAGUAUUGGUCCUAUGGGAUCUGGAGGCCCUGGCAUGAGCCCCAUGGGCGGGUCCAGUAGCAUGGGGGCUGGGGGCCCUCUUGGAGGAAUGUGUAUGGAAUCUGAAAAUAAACCAGACUUUUCUUUUUUAGGAGAAUGUCCAAAUGAGAAGAAAUGUCGUGCUAGAUAUGGCAUGGAGCAGCAGUCUAGAUGGUGUAAACCAUGCAGGCGAAAGAAGAAGUGCAUCCGUUAUAAGCAGGGGGAAGGGGAAGGUGCAGGAGAGUACGAUGAUGAUGAUGACACAUUGCUGAGGAACCGAACACUGGACUCAUCUGUCCAUUCUGGGUGCGAGUCCGACUCGACCAACGCGCAGGACAGUCCUCUGGCCAGCAGAGACUUCCUACACAAGAGUGACAGCAACGAUUUUAGCUCCCCUUUAUCACCACUUGUUGACGAUAAAGUCGAAGCUGGACAGCAGACGCAGCCUCUGUGUCUGGUGACCUCAUCAUCCCCACAGCCACAUCUAGUGAAGCGACCAACACCGCACACAGUGGACUCAUUUCUAUCCUCCCCUCCCCCUCUUCGUUUACAGUUUCCCUUCCCCCAGUCUCCACUGAGCCUGCCGUACAUCGGCUUCCCUCCCUUCCACCACUACCCAUAUCCCAUCUCCCCACACGCUCCCAGAAUAAAAAGUGAAUCGCCAUAUUCACCAACCAGUUAACUGAUACAGGGGAGCCUUGGUGCCAUGAGUCACCUUACUGGUGUACAAGCAGCUCACCAGUUGAGCUGCUUUGGAUGGAACUGAUUUCAACAUUGGUAAAGGACUACAAUUAUGUACAGUAUUUUGGGAGAAUGUUCUGUAAAUAAUGGAGGCAAACAUUGAGUGUUGGGUGAAAUUUAGUGGAAUCAGGAACACAUGAGUGUAGACUUUCAUGUUUGUGGAACUAUGAGUUCCACCAAAAACUACCAGCUACCAAGAGAUGAGGUCUAAAGCAAGUAGUUUAAAUACAUAAUCACCAGCUGAUGUUAGCUCUUGUUUGUAAGAUUGAAGUCACGUUCAAUGAUAUACUCAAUCAGCUUCAAACAAGCAUAAUGUUUGAUCUUAUGACCAGGGGUUGGGGGCAUUUGUAUAUACAUAUAUGUGUGUGUGCAUAUAUAAGAAUGUCGUAUUAUUGUUGAUCUACUGGGCCAAGUAGAGUUCUGGGAAUAAGUUUAUUCAAUGCAAAUUAUUUUAUUUUCAAAAUAAAAUUUUUAAAGUAAACUAGCUUUGAAGAAUAUACUUUAGAAGCAAUAGUGAUUGUGUACAUUUUUUGCAAAGUUCCAGUAGUCUUGCACAAGCUAGUCUCAGAAUGUCCAGAAGGAUCAACCAGUAUCAAUCACAUGAUAGCCUUUCAUCACUGAACACAAUUUACUUCAUUUUAAAAUUUUUGUAACUUCUGGAAUAAAUGGAUGAUUAAUGAUGCUCCCUGAAGAGGACUGUCUUUCAAGCUACAAUUGAAUACAUUGAGAGAUUCAGUCUUUAUUCUUGAAUAAAUUUCUCUGGAGAAAAGUGUAUGGCCUAAGGACAUUUUAUUGGGAUAUGGACAUUUUUGGUAGUUGUGUUUGGCUUGAAAAAAUUGUCUUGAUGAAUUUACCAAUAAAAAUUGGUUGUAUAAUCUCAGCUCCAUUUAAAGUGUAAAAUUAAUUUUCAUUGUAUAGUUGCAACUGUCUUAUUACUGGUAAUGCAGUGAAUUUGAUGUACUAGUAUUUGAAUUUAUUGUAAUUGAUGGUAGGCUCCAUGUAGGUAAAACUACAAAAUUUACCAAAUGAAAAAUAGCAUAUGGUUAACUUUAAGUUAACUUUAAAAUGGUUGGUCGAUUGCUCUUUAAGUUACAUUGGUUGUUUGAAAAAAAAAAGCUAUAUCUAUUUUGACCGCAUGUCGGUAAAAUAUUUCUUAAUCUUUAGCGUCUCAUUCAUCAGUUAUGUAACCUGAUAAAUGAAAAUGUGAGUGUAUUGUAUACUAGAAGUAAGAAAAAUGAUUUUAGGGCAAUGUGAUUUAUUAUAAUAAUUAUAUCAAAUUUUUAGUUUUAUUUAAAACAUAUUUAUAAUACAUUUUUAAAUCAUCUCUGUGUAUAGGUAAAUUUCAAAUCUUGUGUGUGCAUUAAGCAGAUCACAUAUAACAUGUAUAACUAUGUUGGCUUUUUUCUUUGCACUCUUUUUUUUUUGUAUUAUGGGGUGUUAGUUUUUUUUUUAUGAUUCUAAUUUCUACACUACUUGUAUAAUCUGCUAGGUUUAGGCAAAAUCUCUUUAUAUUGUUUAAAAAAGAAUAUGCCAAGAAAGGUUUAAAACCCACUCUUUGCAUUCACUUUUUUUUUAAAUCUGGGGAUUUUGUGCAUUACAGACCAGCAAUUGUAUCUUCAUUAAAUAAUGCAGGAAGUAACAAAAAUGGCAGAUUUCUUAAGUGUGUACAAUUUGUUCUUGUAGAGGCUCUUAAAAAGUAGUUCGCAAUAAGUUACAUUUUGUAAUUCAAAAGAAAUUUUUAAAACUAGUAAUUAGGUAAGAGAAGCAAAUUAACCAAAGUAUUAAGCAAUUACUGUUAGUGCUUGCAUUUUUUCUUUCUGUGUAUUUGCAUGUUUUGUUGGUGUGCUUGUAGUUUAUGAAAAGAUUUUGAAAUUAAAAAAUAAUAUAUACAUAUAUAAAAUAUAAUCUAUACAUUUGGGUGAAUGCAACAACUUUAUUUUGAGAUGUUUUAUCUGUACAUUUUAAUGCUAGGAGUGAGUGGGUGGAAUUGGUGAAUGUGAGAAACCUGUUUCCUGACAUCGGAGGAGCUUUAAUCGUUUCCUGUUGCCAUACUUCUCUUACAGAUUGCUAUAUGCAUUUAUAGUUUUUAUUUUGUACAUUCAUCUUGUUCAGAAAUGUGUACUUUGAUUUGAGGAAAACUUACACUUAAAAAUAUAACCCAUGAAGAAUGUCCUGUGAUUUAGUCACCCCCUCCCUCCAAAGGCUUGACAGGUAUAGAAAGUUCUGCUUUGAUACAAUUAUCUUUGUAUAAUUUUAUUUCCCUAAUAAAACUUUGCAUUUAAAAAUUGGUCUGUUCUUUAUAUUGUAACUCCUCUACAACAGAAAUUGUAAGCGGGUAUUUUAUUUUUAAGAAAAUCCUCCUGUCAUUGACUUUUGUAUAAUUUUAUUUUCUUGCAUUUUUUCCAUGCAAUCAGUUUAGUGUAUGUGUAUUUGAAAAUAAAAUGUCUAUAUCAACAUAAUAAAUACAAAGAAAAAAAAUCAGAUCUAUAAAAGAUUAAAUUGUUAUUCUUUUUUAUUGAUGAAUGUAUGUGACUGCACAAGUAGAUUCUUAAUCAUAAAUAUUUAUCAAAUACAUUAGCCAAACAAUUGAAAAGCACCAAGUUGAAAAUGAAAGAAGUAAAUGUUCCAAAAAAAAAAAAAAA